AUGAAGCUCGCCGCUGUGCUCGUCGCCCUGGGACUCGCCGCCGCGCCCGAAGUUAGCGCGGGCCCCCUCGCGUAUGGCAUCUGCCAGACCGGCUGCAAUGCUGUCGCCGUGGCGUGUUAUUCCGCCGCCGGAGUGGUGUUUGGCACGGUCACGGCUGGCGUCGGCUCGAUCCCCGCGGUCAUCGGCUGCAACGCCGCGCUGGGCACCUGCAUGGCUGGCUGCGUUGCGGCAGGCCUCUCGCCGACACCGUAA